UAAAAGCCCACGUCUCGUCGUUCUCUGGCUCAGUCGAGUUGAGUUUUCACGGCGUGAACAACAGUGUGCGUUAUUGGUUCCUGAUUCUGCGGUUCUCCAAUCCUUUUUGUUCCAAUCCAACUGAAAAAAAAAAUCAAAAGUUCAUAUUGUUAAGCGGCAAAAACAACAAUAGCGAAGGUGAAUAAGGCAUAAUAAACAACACACGCAACUGAAUGGUUGUGGGUGUGCGAGUGUGUGUAUGCGCGUGUGAAGGAGCCUUUUAGUAAACACUCACACACUUGUGUAUUUUUUUUUCUGUGAGCCACAAGAUAUUUGAGUGCAUUUUUUGCCAUUUGCCUUGCCAACCCCUCUCCCCCGCACGCAUAUAAAAAGAGAAAGAGAGGGAGGGAAAAAAAGGAGCCCACGAAGAAAAGCAACAACUAUUAAACAGGCUCCUCAUCGUAUAAAAGCAGCGCAGCCGCCGUCGACGUCAACUGCAGUGGGCCAACGUCGUUGCAGUCGUGUCGUUAGUUUUUGUUCUUGUUGCAGCAUCAAAGACAGAAGUAGAGAGAGCGAGCGAAACAGCCGGAGAGACAAAAAAAAAAGCACUUAGACAAAAAAGAAGCCACGCACCUGGUGCCACAGUACAAAACCCAAACAUCUACAAUAUCCGAGCUGUGCAUUCCAAGGGGAUAACGAGGAACGUAUAUCGAAGAGUUUGAGAACAUCGUCAGCAUGGACGUGGAAUCGAAUAACAAACGCGCCACCAACGGCGGCCGUCAGUUCACCCCACCGUCGGACUCCGAUUCCAAGGAGAGUUCCGUCGAGCGUGAGCUGAACGGAGAGAUCGAGGCGGUGGAGCUAAAUGGGAGUGGCAGUGGCGGCCACUCGAACGGGCAUGUUAAGAAGCUGAUGGCUGUCGAGGAUGGCAGGAUUAAGCGUAAGGCCAAGCGGCUCAUCCAAAGACAGAAUAGUGGUUCCGGCGGCAGUGCCAAUCAAACCAAUGGCAAUGGAGCUGCUGUCGCUGGUGGAGCAAGUGUAACGGCGCUGGGAAUCAACAGAAUUAUGCCGUCGCCCGGUGGCUAUGUGGUGCCACAUCGACGCUGGAAGAACAGCCGACGUUCGCGAACCCUGAAUCGUGGUCGCGGACUACCCAAAAAGGGUGGUGGUGGCGGCAAGGGCGUCUGGGGAUUGCCCGGUUCCGAGGCUCUGGCCGAGGUCUAUGAGGACGAGAAUGAUCCCAACUACGAUAGUGAGUGCAACGAUCGUAAUGUGGAGCUGCGCGAGGUGAUCACUGAGAUAACACCCGAGGAGUUCUUUAAGCUGGCGGAGCCCAUUGUCUUGGAGUACUACGAGCACGGGGAUCCGCACGAGGUGGCACUGAGCUUUGAUGAGAUACUGCAGGCUCCGAUGCGCGAGCACGUCACCAGCAUUCUCGUGGAGAUCGCCAUGGAUCACAAGGAUUCGCAGCGUGAGAUGACCUCGGUGCUGAUCUCCGAUCUCUACGGACGCGUUAUUACCGGCAAGGAUAUUGAGAAGGGCUUCAACAUGCUGUUGGCCAAUCUGCCGGAUCUCGUUCUGGACACUCCAGAGGCGCCAAUCAUGCUCGGCAACUUUAUGGCCCGCGCCGUGGCCGAUGACUGCAUUCCGCCCAAGUUUGUGGCCAAGACGGGUGAGGAGCUAAGACGUUUGGGACUGGGCGAACAUGCCGAACAGGCCCUCCGCCGUGCUGACUCGCUUAUCUACAAGCAUGUGUGGGCCCAUUUGGACAAUGUCUGGGGCAUGGGUGGGCCACUGCGUCCCGUGAAGACGAUCACCAUGCAGAUGGAGCUGCUGCUCAAGGAGUACUUAUCCUCGCGCGACGUGGCCGAGGCACAGCGCUGCCUGCGUGCCCUCGAGGUGCCACACUAUCAUCACGAGCUCGUCUACGAGGCGAUUGUCAUGACACUGGAGUCACUUAGCCAGACCACCGAGGAGGCCAUGUGCGAGCUGCUCAAGCAGCUAGAUCUCACCUGCCUGGUGCUGCCCGCGGGCAUGGAGCAGGGUUUCUUGCGCGCCUUCGACGACAUGGCCGACAUCGUUUUGGAUGUGCCCCUGGCCUAUAUAAUACUCGAUCGCUUCGUCGAGCGCUGCAAUCGCGCCGGAUUCCUAACCGACAAGAUUAUAAACAAUGUGCCAUCGCGCGGACGCAAGCGUUUCGUUUCGGAGGGCGACGGCGGCCACGUGAAGCCGACUACCUUCACCAUGCGUGAUUAAAUCAUGGGGACAACGGGGACGUUAUAUGCAGCACAUGCUUAUAUGACAACUGCCCCCAGAGCCACCCACUGACAACUAGAGGAGCAACAAGAGCGAAGCAAACAUUAAACAAAAACAAAAAACACCAAAUUACAAAAAAAAAAAGAAGAAAAUUCAUACGAACGCAAAGAGUAAAUACAACAUUUAUAAGAAACAAAAGACGAUAUGAAGAAUUUGUCGCAAACUUGAUAAAAAGAACUUAUCUUCAGAAUCCAGAUAAGGUCAACACACAAAACAAAAAAAAAAAGAACAAAAAAAUGCAAACAAUCAAUCGGAAUUUGAUCUCCGUUUAAACUAUAUUCAUUAUUAUACUACAUAAACACCUACAACGUAUAUCUUACCUACAUGUAACUACCAGCGUAAUUCGGAAGUAUAUUUUAAAUAUUUGUUAAAAACGAGAUGAGUGAAACGAUCACAAAAAAGAAGAAAGAAACGAGAAUCCAGCCAAAAGAGUACGCGGAAACCACGAGCAGGAGCAGCAGCAGGAACAGGAGCAGAGAUGGGUCGCUAUUGGUGGCUAGGAUCUCGCAUAAAGGAUGCGAGUUGGCGUACUUAGCACGCCCGUCAUUAUUAUGAUGCCACAUGAAAUCAAAGCAUAUUAUUUACACGAAACUGUUAUAGGCACUCGUACACCACACACCUUUUGGGUUGAUUGAAUUGAACUUGUAUUGAGACGAACCAAUGAUGAUGAUUUAUGCUAUCAACGCAAUCAAAACUGAUGAUUACACAAAACAAAUUCCAUUGACUUGAAAUUGAGAGAAAACCAUUUAUAAUAUUCCUAUGCGCAUCGAAAUCAUGAUUUUCCUUCAUUUUUUUGUAACUUUGAGUGUCAGAAGACUAACAUAAUUAGGCUUAGUUUUACUUUAUACGUAUAUUUACCCACGGAUUCAUCUUAUUCUGCUUGCUUUUUUUUUUGAUUGAAUAAAAGCUGCAUUUUAAAUGAUAAGAAAAAAAGACUUUGUUUUCGCCGCACUUAUAUUUUAAAAUGUUCACACACUUCAUGAAGAAACAAAAUUCGACAUAUUCUUAAACAUGCGCGCCCCACACAUCUAUAUAUAUUAAAUAUAUAUAUCUACAUAUAUAUAUAAACUAAUGUGUUAAAAGCAGAAAAUAUACAUCAAAAAUAAAAUUAAAAACUUA